ACAGGGGGAAUGCAGGACUGCGUACGUACGCAUGCAUCGGCGAAACGUAAGCGUUUACUCACAUCCGGCGGGCCCCACUGGAUGUUGACCGGUCAAAGUUUGGGCGUUCGGUGAAGGCGUCGAGGGAACAAACGAUUGGCGGUGGCGAGAGCACUGCAGGGCGGGUCCCGCGGCGGCAUUCUAUCAGAAGACGAAACGUGUUGACUCGCGCCGACCCGACGCAGCAACAGAGGUUAUCACGAGCGUUGUUGCUGCUGCUGCUGCUGGUGGCGGCGACUGUCUCGUGACUGGAACAGGACAUGGAGCUCACGCUUCGCUUGCUUCUCCCUUGGCGUCGGAAGGGAGCGAGGAACCGAAGCACAACGAGAGGAUCAUUCCGAUCGAAUGGAACGCGAAGGAUGCGUCUGUGGAGCAGCGCAUGACCGAGUCAUCCUCGUAGAUGGAUCGCCACAUCCUCUGGGCUACACCCUGUUCUCCGUGACCCUACCUUUCGCCUGCCCUCCCUUUUCCUCAUGAACUUGGCACUCCCAUUGCCGAGCGAUAGCAAAUGGAACGCAGAACUGCGACGAGUUCUUCAGGAGGCGAGUUGCUUAUAUGGAGCGGAGAUUAAUGCACGCACGGAUGGUGUUUGUAGUAAUGCAGUAGUGGCCUAAUGGGGGCUAACGUGAGAACUCGUCGGCUGCAACUUUGUCGGAUCAUUCCACAUCCAAGUUCAAGCAUUUGAAUCUUGGCUGUAUCUCGAAGACAAAUUGAAUGCACUAUCAUCGACGACAUUGCUUUGUCAAUCUAGUGCGAGAUGGUUUUGCAUUGCAAGGAUCACAUGCUGCUGUCCCAUCCUAGCCCGUGAACAACAUGUCUCAUGGCUUCUUCCUGCAGACUGCCUUUGCAACCUGGCCUUGUCCGGCCUUUCCGGUCCACUAGAUCCGAGACCACAUCAUGGUCGCACUGUUCCGGGUAACGCCAUCCCCUGCAACUGCAGAGCUCAGCACCAGGCCAAGGAUUGAGAGGUUAAAAAGGAAGGUGGAGUGAACUGCUGCCGGAGGAGGAUGUGAUGAGGAUGUGGCCCCUUGCUUCAACCGCAAGCCAAGCCAGUAAAGUAAGAUCCUCAUCCAACAAUUCUAAUCAUGAUGCAUUUCCUGUGCCUGUCAUUUGAGCUCGAGAAAAAAGAAGUGGCAAUAUGGCAUGGUAAUGAAAGAGCAGCAGCAGAGGGCGAGCAAGUGGAUAAUUGAGUAGUACUAAAGCAUAUUGAUCCCAGUUUGGAUUAAACUACAGGACUCUACUCACAUGAUCACACUGGUCUCUGAACCCUUUGUGACCAAGAUUGUGUAGAUUUGUGUGUUCCUCAGCCAAAAAGUACACAGCUCUUUGUCCUGUAAAGCACAUAUGCCCUGUGUCUCUUAAAUGUUCCUGGUCCCAGGUUAAGCGUGGAAGAGCAAAAGACACUCCCAGGCCUACUUACCUGACCUCUGCUAUUAAUUGUCUUCCCUGCACCCACCAUUUGCUACUAUAAGUCACUCGACUAAGUGGAGUUUGAGUCGAACGGACAGCAUGUUGCUUGUAUGGAACAGGCAAUGCCGGUGGCAGGAGAUGACGGUAGCUUCGUUUUUUCUUUAGCAUCACGCGAGGUGUGAUGGAGAAAACGGAGGAUGGCAGGUUGAGGACUAUUCACUGUUUGAGAGGGAGGCUGCUGGCCGAGAGAGUGGCCUCCAAGGCUGCCAAGGAGGAAGCUGAGAAACUGGCCAUAAGGUUGGAAGAGUUGGAAAGAAAGCUUGCUGAAGAGAUCAAAUGCAUGAACAGGGCAGAGAAGAAGCUGAAGCAUGCCAUGAAGAAACUGCAGUCUCUGAAGCUUUUGGAUGGCAGGGGCCAAAUGGACAUUCCUUUAAGUUCUGUGAGUUCCACAUCCUCACAGUCCUUCCUGGGCCAACAGAGAUUAGAAGGUGAUACGGCACAAUGUGGUCUGCUAAGUGAUGCCAAAACAAUGCCGAGCUCUUUAGGAUCAGAGGACCUUCCUGGAGAUGAUGUCUUGGGGAGUCUGCCAGGGGAACUGGAUCAUCGAUUGGUCUCUCUGCAAGGAAGCUGGACUAUGAAACCUCAGUAUCAGGAAGAGCUUAACAUUGUUGAGGCAGAUGAAGGUUUUAGUCCCAAAGAAUGCACUUCUUUUGCUUUGAGUGAUGGGAGGCAAGAAGACAACAUGCUGGCUCUGGUUCCAGUAAGCAAGCAGCUGGACAUAAUAGAGGUAGGUGAGCCAGAGAUGAAGAACACAGUGCAGUGUGUUCUUCUUGCACUGAGACAUGUCAAAGAGCAACUGCUGCAGGCUUUAGGGAGGAGGGCUGACAUAUACUCUUCCACAGAGUUUUUUGCUGAUGGAAGGGAGGACUUCCAUCGAGCACCCCUAUGCUGCAAGACAUUCCACUAGACCUCAACAAAUUCCGAUACCCCGGUUGACAUGCAUUGGAUGACCUGAGUAUAGAUUUCCGUCAGGUCUGCUCAAGAAUUUGGGUUUGUGGCAUUGGUGUGUUGACUUCACAGGCAUUAUGAGUGACUUGAGUGGGUUUUGUGGUUCACAAAAUGAUUGAACUUACAAUAACAGAUGAAAUCAAAACAUGUAUAUUGUCAAGGCAAGUGUUUUGAGGGAACUUUUAGUCUUCCUGUUAUAUAUUGUAUUUGAUUGUGU